AUGAAAUUUUUGCUAAUUUUCAUCACACUUUUCCUAAUCUGCCAAGGUUUUCAAGAAUUCAAACGAGAGCCUGAAAUUGUGCAAAAUGGAUAUUUUCGGCAAUUUGAUCCAAGGUAGGCAUAAUUUUUCCGAAGCUCAAAACUGAAUAACUUAUUUCAGACCGGUCCCAUUUCAAACUCGCUCGGCACGAAUCCGAUGUAUGAUGAAUUUGCAAAGUUUCCAGCUCUGUCAAAAUGUUCAAGAGAAUUUUUAA